AUGGGUAAUAAAGAACAAACAAAAUGGAGUGAGUCGUAUUCAAUGAAAUACAGCCAUGCUGAAACUUUGGUCAAUAGCAAUAGUUCAACUCAGGUAUCUGUAACAGUAGUCUGUAAAACUCAAUUAUUAUAAUGAAGAAAAUUUAAGAGGACUCAGAAUUUAAUGCGGAGUUGUUGCAUCCACAUGAUUUGCAUAUAAACCUUUCAUUCCAUGACUGUUUCAGUUAAAAUAAUAAAUAAUUGCUCAAAAACAUGCAGAUUCGAUUAAGAUCAUUGCUUUUCACAAGCUAACAUUGGAAUGAAAAGUAAAGAUAUUUGAAAAUUUGCUAGCUGCAUAAAGGACGCAGUCGCAUGCAAAUUAAAAUAAAAUUUAUAAUUUGGUUUGUUUUCCGUUGCCCAGCGUUGUGCAACGUUUAAAGGGGAAGUCAAGUCCGUUCUGCGCAUCGGUUCUGCGCAUAACAAUGUGAGGACCUCUAAUGUGAAAAUUGCCCAAAUUUCGAAUGUUUCGAAUUUUUCUGAACAUAAACUUUAUUUCAUAUUCAUUUAGAAGCAUAGCGAAUCAAAAUGCUGUUAGAUAUUCCGACAGUACAUCAUAGUUUAAAAAAUACAGCAGUUCAAAAUGUAAACAAACCGUUUGUUUACAUUAUGGACUUGACUUCCCCUUUAAUACACGCAUGUAAAUCGUGUUUUUUUAGAUUACAGGAAACAAGAACGGGUAUCAGGGAUCCAUUACGCAGCUUGGUAGAGUUUAUAAUGCGAGAUAUAUAAAGAUCCAAUCCACUGGAACUAAAAACAAGGACUUUUGUCUUAGAUUGGAACUGUGCGGAGAAGGUAGUUUACUAUUGUUAAUUGUUUUCAAAGUGACUUCCUAGCUAGAAACUUUCUAUGACAAGAGGGAAAAUUCCCAUUUUUACUUAAUAUUUUGACUAGUCUUGUUUGUUUGCGGCAAAUGUAGGCGAGCAUUGAGAUUUGGAUUCGAUUUUCGGAUGCCUUGUAAAAAUGGGUCAGUUUUUUGGGACUAUGCCGGGAACUAAUAAAUCUGAGAGUUAAUAUAUACUCGCGUCAUAACCAAGCUACUGUAGCAUGUUUAAACCGUGCUAAAUUUGCGGUGUUUCUUUAUUUAGUCCAAACGCCGGCUCCUGUAUACAAUAUUAAAGUUAUGUCAUAUAACUAUUCGGCACGUGUGACGUGGAAAAUACCUGCACCUAAAGACUCCAGUUAUAUAAUGAAGAUCAUUGUAUAUCUCAACGGUGCAGAAUACCAGAAUAUAUCUCGAGGAACUCAAAUCGAUAUCAAAGGACUUAAACUGUACACGGAGUAUACUGUUGGAAUUGUGACUGAAGAUGGUUCUUCACAGAGAAGCAAUAAAGUUUCUAAACAUUUCGGUGAGACCAAUGAAGCAGGUAAAUAUAAGAGAAAAAUUCGUUAUUGUCGAUUUCAAGCCACUUUUCGAACUUACUAGUUCGAAAAUUGGGCGUGAACUUCGCAACGAAGUUCGCAAGUGUAUUUCAAUGUUUGAACUUCGUUUUGUGAACAAUGUUCAUAUCUCAAUAAUAAUAAUCAAUUCAAUUAAAUACAAACCUUUUUGACAGACCACUGGACAAAGAAAUUUCCAUUGAAUUAAUUAUUGUUAAUUUGUUACACUAGAAGUUCAAACAUUGAAAAGAACUUGCGAACUUCGUUGCGAAGUUCACGCCCAAUUUUCGAACUUGGAAAUUUAUUUGGCAUGUUCGCAACAAAGUUGGAAAUGCGCAUUGAAAAGUGAUCUGAAAUCGAUAAUUAACUUGGAUGUACCGUGAAUCGUCUAUUCAUAAGCGCCCAUCUCGAAUAAGGCGCCCCUCUACUAAGCCCCAAAAAACACACAUAUAUAGUUGAUGUAAUGUUUAAACACCAACGUUACUUCUACUUAUUUGGUAAAACUUUCGAUCUCCCAUGCGUGGAUCUUUGAUCAAAUUUACAAUUCAUGAACCUUUUAGAAAGUUUUCAACUACCCGUUAUUCACAGUUUUACGCUGUAUAAUUCAAGGAGAUGACUUGAAUCAAGUGGAUGCAAAAGUCCAUGUUAUUCUGUCAUCAAACACGAGUUGAUUUAUCUCCUUGAAAUGUACAGUAUAAGCAAGCUGCAUGGGAACAAGCAGUGCGAUAACAACAUCACAGACAUCAGAUUAACUUGCAGAAUUGAAUCGACUUUGGUAGCAAGGCUAGUAGUAUAGCCUGUAACAGCUUGUCCGCAUGCAAGCCGGGAACACACAAUAAGAACACAACUUCAUGAGCUUGGUAGAAAUAUGCUACAGGCAAAGCAUAUAAUAAGAACGAUUGAUAUGUCAUAUGUGUAUUCGAGGCCAGUGCAUGUGUAAAUACUGCAUGCAUAUAAUCGUUCAAUUUAAUGAAAGACGCAUAGAUUUAUUAACAUACCCAAGUUCCAUGUAAAACAUAAAUUCCUCCUUAGCCAUAUUUUGAGUGGUAAUUUUAAUAGCAUCUGCUAUCAAUAUGGUACCGCCCAUCAGCGUCCAUAUUAUGUCUCGGUAAAUGUGUAAAUAGUGUAUACGUUGGCAACACUUAUCUUACGAAUCUCUUUACAAGAAGCACCAAGUGAAAGAGACACUUUCCGCUAGAAUCGAGAGUCCGCAUUUGUACUUGUUUGAAACGUUUCUAAUACAUCUUGAUAGUGGAAGGUGAUGAUGGCGGAAUGAUUGGUAUUGUUGUGGGUUCCUCCGUUGCUGUCGUUUUCAUCAUCAUUGGCGUGGUUCUCGCUGUUAUCUUUUUCAGAAGAAGGUAGUGUGAAACCUGUUCUUCAUUCCAAACAUAUCCUAACAGUAAAGUAUUUCUUUGUUUUGGAAGCAAUAGACCAGAUUAAUGACACUGACGCAGAAGAAAACGUCAUGCACGGUACUUCUUGUACGUUUGAAGUUGAAAACAAGCUUAACAUACAAAACAUGUGUCGAUCGCUUUCGGGUUUGAGUUGCAGUUCCAGCAGAAAUAACAUUUGCAUCUCUUGUCAAAUGGACUGAGAAUCUCACUUGAGUCCAUUUGGCAUGCUACAGUAUAAUUCGCUAUGUGUAUGUUUUUUUCCCAAACUGGUUUGGCAUGUCUUUACAACCAGCCAAUCGCAUGUGAGAUUUAGAUUCUGAACCUCUACUGAAGUAUGGAAGUGAGAUUAGCAAUUGAUUUGAUCAAACGCUCUUCCGCCUUCGCGUUUCUUUUGAGAGUCUCUGAAACAGGACGGUUGCUAUUUUCUACACCAAGAAUAUAUUGUGAUAACGUCAUCUCUUGAGUACAUACAGUAUAAUGAGCAGACAUAUUGCAAAGCAACACUUCUGGACGUUUCGAACGAAUGCUCUUCAUCACAAGUAUUAGUAGGUCUACAUAUAUCAUGCUAACUCGUCCAAGAAAAUAUCUUUGUUGAAAACGUCGAGAGGUGUUGUAUUUUGUACAGAGUUUUGCAACUGACGCUUUUCUUUCCUCAUGAGAACGCACAGACGGUACAAAGCCACAGAAACUGACCUGGAGGAAGACUGUGAUGAGAAUCUCGAGAUGAAAGAAAUUGAAGACAGCGCCAACCAAGAAGGCAUUUACUUGAACGAAACUGGUAUGUUGUUCAAAGAAGGUCGGAGUUGAUUGCCUAGUGACAUUUGACCAUAUUUUAAUUUAAUUGAAACUGACUUAGAGCUGACGAGCAUAACUGCUAUUAAACUUACAAACGGUGUUUAGUUGUGUUUGACCCGGUCCGCAUACCUCCACUUGACAUUCUUCAGAUCAUUGGCGGACAGAUCGCAAAAUAUAUGGGCUGCGAUGCAACUAUCUCAAAAAUUUGAAAUUUCAAUUUUCAGUCGACGACGAGGAGAAAGCACCUCCACCUAUCCCAGUUACAGAAUUUUCACAUUAUGUAAACGACCUGAAAGCAAAUGAAAAUUACAAAUUCACGAAACAAUAUGAUGUAAGUAUUAGACACUCAUUGGAAAUCAAUUAAUGACCAAAGAUGAUCCUAAAAUUAUGGUAUAAAAAAUACGAAUCGCCAGGCUUUAAAUAGAGACGACAGUAUGAAUUUGGUAAGUAGGGAGAGUGGGAGGGGUGGGGAUGGGUGGGGGUAGUGGUAAUCACCCUUAUUUGCAGCUGAAUUGCGAAGGGCAUGUCUCAACCUGAUCGAGUUGAAGGCUUUCUAAGGGAAGCUCUGACUGCAGCUAUUUUUUGUGACAUGUCUAUCAUCUAUAAAGAGUCGCAUUACAACUUUAGUUUGGUUAUGCAUGCCAUUUCUUUUUGGACAUUGAGUUAUCAGAGAAGCGAGAAAAAUUAUGUUUGAGACUAUUCCUGGUUGCCCUGAACUAAGAAAUUUCAAAUGAGCCAUUGUGUAUUUAUGUUUAUAUUGUUACUUCUCUGUUUAGGACUUACCGAAAAAUAUGAAAACGUCUUGGGAAGCGGCUAAGAAACCUUUUAAUCAGCAGAAAAACAGAUAUGGAAAUAUCGUAACAUGUACAAUACAAAACGAUUUUACAUACUUUUCACUAUUGCACACUGCAGUAUCUUAAAUGAGAUUGUUUUUAAUAACUUUAGAUGAUUAUUGUCGCGUUGUUCUCUCAGGAGAUGAAAAUGACGAUUACAUCAACGCUAGCUACAUAGACGUGAGUUCUUGGUUAAUUAAUUUUUCUCAACCUGUGUUUCGUUAGCGGCUUUCUAACAACUCUAUCAGGCUAAUCUUAAUCCAUUACGUAAUGAUGACUUGAAAUAAAAUCUUGAGUCGGUUUUGGUAGAACUGUGUCAGUUUUAUUUAAGGUGUACUCCAUAGAGGUCCAUUAGAGGCAUACUUACCUCAAGUCGAGUUGGGUUCCCUUACCCUACCUCACCUCACCUCAAGUCGAGUUGGAGGAUGUCAAGUCGAGUUCACAAGAAAAUCCUCCACUGCAUAACAGAAAAAUCUCGUCAUGUAUAGCACCUAUUUCUCACUAGUUACUUCUCCUAACAUGCUUUAAAGCCGGUGCAUGUGCCUUUAUUAUUGAAUAUUCUCUACUUAGGGAAUCAAGGAAAAUUCAUACAUUGCAAGCCAAGGUGAGCACGGUGUUCCGGUAGUCAGUGUUUUACUACAUGCCGUUUGUACAGUGUAAAAGACCGUACAGUAUAUAUAUAUAUAUAUAUAUAUAUAUAUAUAUAUAUAUAUAUAUAUAUAUAUAUAUAUAUAUAUAUAUAUAUAUAUAUAUAUAUAUAUAUAUAUAUAUAUAUAUAUAUAUAUAUAUAUAUAUAUAUAUAUAUAGACUGCAGUUGUUUCCAGUAAAUUUGAACAAAGAUCUUUUUCAUAUUCCUCAUUUUGAAAGGUCCGACCAUAAAUACUUUGAAUGACAUGUGGCGAAUGGUUUGGGAACAAAGCAGUUAUUCCAUUGUGAUGGUGACUUCCCUUGUUGAGCUUUUCAAGGUAAGCAUGUUUUCACUGCUCUUUCUCUGCUUGGCAACUGUAAAAUGUAUUGUAAACAACUAUAUCUGUUCGUUUUAGCCUAAAUGUGAGAAAUAUUGGCCCGACAAAGGAAACGUAAAGUAUGGAGAUAUUGAAGUAACUUUGAAGGAUACUGAAGAGUUUGCUUAUUAUGUCAUACACACCUUGCAAAUUAAAAAGGUAGAAAAAUGCAAAAUUGUUUUAUUCUGGCAGAGUAACCAAAGACAGUUUUGAAAAGCAGUAAAAUAAUAAUGUAACAGAAUUUUUAAAUUUCGUUGGCUUGAAACGAUUCUUUACUCAAUAUUCUACCAUUACAUCCCUUUUUGUUUUCUAUACAAUCGGACGUGAAUUGGUGUAUUCCACCUUCACAAAGGAAAUCAGCCGUUGUUGCGGCACACCCAGGAAACUGCUGUAUCCAUCUGUAUUAACAAUAAUGAAAUUCGGAAUGAAGUGGACCACUUGGGAGUUUGAUUUGUUUAUUCCUUAGCCAAUGAAUGAGGGAGGUCAUUAUUACCAAUAUAAAGAUAAUGUGUGUCAAAUCAGUGAAUAAUUAACUACCUCUGUUUCAAUGACGCUGUUUAGGAUGGAGAAGAGCGUGAAGUGCGACAUUACUACUUUCAAUCUUGGCCUGAUCACGGUGUCCCUAAAUAUCCCACUGAACUCCUGGCUUUCAGAAGACAUUUCAGAACACAUCACAUGGAACAGUUUGGACCAAUCGUUGUGCACUGCAGGUCAGAUUCUGAUAUACAAUUUCUUCCCAUUUAUGCAUCAAGAAGUUUUUUUUUACAUUUCACUGUUAGCAAGACUGAAAGGCCCAAACAUUACCUUACUUUGUUAUAAAAAAUAAGAAGAAUGCACGUAUAUGAGCUACAAAUAAUGCCUCGUCAGAUUAUGUACGGUGUUUUCACUUCUGAGGUCGUGGGUUUGAUCCUCACUGCGGACUCACGACACUUAGGGUAAGUAUUCCAGUUUCCUCCUACAUGGAAUGUUGACAGGGUCGGUUGGAAUAUACCCCCAAACUAACCUUCCAUUGUCACUGUGCUCUAUGAUCAAAUCUGAGUCAUAAAGUGGCAGCCAGGGGCGCCCUUAUAGUGAGCCUUUGACUCGGUCAAGUUGCUCUCCGUCAUUCAGCUUAACUCUCAGCUGGAAAUAUAGAUGAUUAGCACACCUCAACUUACCUUAUAAUCUAAAGGACAAAUGCAUGGCUGAGAUUAAUUAACAUAUAUUACGGCAAAUGUAGUACCUAGGCAAACUAAGUGACUAUCAUCGUAAUUUAUGAUUCUAUCUAUUAAUAUUCUAGUGCUGGUGUUGGCAGAACUGGCGUCUUCCUUGCUGUAGAUACGAUCCUUGAUAAACUUGAGAAAGGUGUCAUCAAUUCUAUCGAUGUUUUUGGACAAGUGUGUGAAAUGAGAGAGCGACGAAUGAAUAUGGUGCAAACUUUGGUAUGAAUAUUUAACUUUUUCACCAACGUUCUUAUACACCCUAUAUUUAGGCAAAGUAAGAAACAUUGUUCUGUGAACAUUUUCUUGACCAUGUUUCCUGAAGGUGGUUAAACCCGGGAACAUUGUUACUUGGCCAUGUUUCCUGAAGGUGGAUAAAUCAGGAAACCUUGUUUCGGUAUUUUUGAAAUCUUUAAAAAUGCUUAAAUUUAACUAUUCUUUUAAUUUUUGAUUGUUCAACUAACUUGCGUAUUUCAAUUUCAGGAGCAAUAUAUAUUUGUCCACGAAGCCAUUUUGGAAACCAUCCUUUGUGGCAUGAACGAAGUGGAUUCCACUGAAGUCCAGAGAGAAUUUGAAACCCUCAGGGAGAUUAAAGACAAUGGUAUGACUGGAUUUCAAGAGAAGUUUAAGGUUGGCGAUUAUUCAGUAUUUUAUGCCGCCCAUUAAUUUAUGCAUCUCAUUCUCGACCAAGCUCUUACUAGGUAUGGCUAUCAGCCAAAUUAAGUAUAACUUUUUAUCAUCUUAGAGGUUGGGUGAGAUCUCACCAAAACUUUCUCCUGAUGCAUGUACUGCAGCCUUAUUGAAGGGAAAUUACGACAAGAAUCGUGAUGAAGAUAUCUACCCAGGUAUUUUCACAUUAUCCGCUACAAAUGUUGACAAAAACCUUUCAUUCCUUGCUGUUUCUCAAAAAAAUGUUUGGCUUUUUUCAACUAUUUUUUCAUCUUAGCCGAGGGCAAUCGUGUUCCUCUUCAAUACGUCGAUGGAGUGGUAGAUUCAGACUAUAUCAACGCUGUGUUUGUUGACGUACGUAUUGGACACUGAUUCUUUCAAUCAUUUUGUGAAGAUUUUCCACUGCAGCAUGUGCAGUAAAUAGGUUUUCCAUAGGGUUCGCCAAACCAAAACAACACCGGCAGUAACUCACUAACUAACGUUUUUAUAUUGAAUAACUCCAACAGUUUUAAAAUGUUCUCCCAAAAUGCCCAUUGAAGGCAUCACAUGUGAUCCAUUCUUAAAGGGAAAUGGCAAUAUAUUUUUUUAUUUUCUCGUUUCAAAGAACAUUUAAAACCAUAUAUAAAUCUCUUUUACCGUUUUUUCAUAUCUUGCUUACUUCUACAAAUAUUUUAAUCGAAAGAAAUGAAAUGUCCGCCAUCUUGUAUUUUUGUAGAUAUGCAUGUUACGUCACAACAGGGGUCACGCAAUAUUUUUAUCUAGACAACCACUAAUGCACCCGAAAUUAUACUCUGUAUGCUCUUGGAAAUAUCAAUAUAACUUGAAACGUAUAAAACAUCUACCAAUCAAUAUUUGGUCAGUAACGAAUACUUUUAUAUGGUUAAUCCCUGUUGUGACGUCACCGAAACUACCAUUAAUGAGAUCAAAAUUAUAUCCAAGAUGGCUGACAUCUCAUUACUUCAAGUGAAAAUAUUUCAAGAACUAAGCAAGAUAUGAAGAAUCGGUAAAAGAAGUUAUUAAAUAGUUUCAAAAGUUCUUUCAAAUGAGAAAACAAAAAAUAUAUUGCCAUUUCCCUUUAAUACAGGAGGAAACCGGAAUAGCCGGAGAAAUUAAACAUAUACACUUCUUUGUAUAAUCGUGCAAGAACGAAGCACUCUUUCUAUUACGUUUACUAGUUCUGUUUUAGCUCCAAUCCAUAAUUUACACCAACGGUUUUCUUCCAUUUAAGGGCCACCUUGAAAGGAACUACUUCAUCGCCACACAAAGUCCUCUGCCAAAUACAAUCAACGACUUUUGGCGAAUGGUUCAUUCGCAAAAAUCAUCCACUGUUGUUUUGUUGAAUUGUGUUGAAGAUGGAACGGUAUGCUAAAAAUACCAUGCUCGUACAUAUACCGCGAUAUCUGGAACAGUUAUGAGAAUAUAGAACAAAAUCCGAAAAAUUAAAAAUCUUGAAGACUAAUAAAGAUAUCCAAACAAGGAAAAUUUUUUAAAAUAUUUUCACCCUGUUACAGAAUCAUCAUCAUCGCGUUUUCCACAUAAUUAUCUAUAGCUGCUUAUAUUGGCUUGAAUUUGUCAUUAUUUAGGAAGGCUUUCUCUUUGCCAUUUUCCAUAGAGUUUGUAAUGUUUCAAACUGAGGAAUUUCGGAUUCAAGCAGUUCUCAUUUCAAUUCAUAUGAAUCAAUUAAUCGAAGUUUAGUUGUUGUAAAACUGCGAACACCGAAAUCAGUGGCUAUAAACUACCCAAGGUUUCGAUGUACCUUAUAGUUAUAGCCACGAUGCUACAAACUACCUCGGAUUUUGGCAUACCAUGUACUACGGUUUGUGGCUAAUGGCUAUAAGAAAUGCCGGAUUUCACCGGGCAUAUAUCUUAUAGCCACAGUUUGUUUCGAUCCACUGUGUGAUAUAUAGGUUCGAAAUAUAACCAUUUAAAUUUACGGUUUGUUUUAGUCUAUUCCUUGGGCUUUUUGGAUGUUUUCAGUUUUCGUAUUUUGUUUUGUUUUUCUUCAAUUGUCGGCUCGCUCUGGCUUCUAAGCAUACUCAAUUAAUCUCAGAAAUCAAUAUCCAAGAUUCUCUUUCGCUCUAUAAAUGACGUACUUUUCCAUUUGGUAUACUUGCUGUAGCCGUUCCCGAGAUUCUGGCCGAUCAACAGAGGAGAACCAACACAGUACGAUAGCUUGACAGUUCAGUUGGACUCCGAAAAAGAAUCCGAUGGAAUAUGGACUAGAAAAUUUAUCUUGGCACCGUAUCCAGUAUGUGUACUUUCAAUGAUUAUGCUUGUAUAGUGGUUUAAGUCAGAACUAACUGUGCAAGAGUUUUUUUAACUAGAUUGAAAUUUCGAGUUAAUAUUAUGUACAUAUUUUGACAUGACCAGGGGCAGCUGCAAAUAUGCAACUAGGGUCCUUGGCAGGAAUUGAAGCUAGGGCCCUGCAAUUCCAGUGCAGCGCUGAGAGCCCUAAUCAGCUGAGCAAAAGAGUCCAGUUUACAAGCAUUAACCCCAAGGCCAUUACUAUUAUUGCUCGUCAACUGGACUUAAUUGUACUGAAAUCUCAGGACUUCAGGUUCGAUUCCUGGCAUGAAGGCGUAUAAUUGAGUACAUAUAUGGGUCAUCUUAAUGAAUUAAUAAGAGGAAGCAUUUGCAGAUAAUAUUAACCUUUAUCCAAAACCAUACUUUAAUCCCAAUUAUAACCAAAUCCCCAACAGUAAUCCUAACGCUAACUAAACAGGUCAUAAAACUAAAUAAUUUCAAUUCAGGAUUUAUCUGACGGUCAAGUUGUUAACAUUUUCCACUACACGAACUGGCCGGACCACUACGUACCAUCCGACGCAGAUGCCAUCAUCACGCUGACGUCAUUGGUUGAGAAUUCAAGAAAGAAUUACGGUCAACGACCAAUCAUUGUGGCAUGCAGGUACAUUUUAAUAUAUUCUUAUGUAUUCUCCUGCGUUACUAGCUCGAAUUACACGAGUGUCGGUUGCUUUCAUUAAGCGAUCUUGGACAGUAUAUGCUGACGGUGAUCACUUCAAAACCGUUUUCACUUGUACAAGAAAGAAAAUUAGUCAAUCGGUGUCUUUCGUCAUGCUACAGUUAAGUUGCACAUGAUGUGCAACCAUCCCAUGGGAUGUUUUAUGUUUUAUGUUUUAAAACAUAAAACAUCCCAUGAGAUUGGUCGCACAUCAUGUGCAACUGAACUGUAGCAUGACGAAAGCCACCGAUUGACUUGGAUUCAAAGGACAAAGAGAUUUUCGCUAUGUUGGAUGAUAUUUGCAUUGCAAACAAGCGAAAUCCUUUGCCAAUGUCAUCCAACAUGGCAACGGUGACGAAACUUGCACACCACCUAUACCUGAAAAUAUAUAAGCAGAACUUCGACGUUUCGAAGUCACAAAAGAAUCUCGUCAGAAUCUCAUUACUUGCCCUCCAUCUGAAUUUUCAAUUCAAUUCAAUUCAAUGGACCUUACCGAUUAUUCUCUUUUUCCCAAUGGCCUCGUUUCCAUGUUAACUUAUUUUAGCCAGUUAGGGGCAGAUAAAGAUUAUAUUCCCAUAUUUUCCUGGAUGAAUUUGUCUCUUGCUGUUCUUAGGCUCAAAAACAAAGUAAUUUUCAACCCUACUAAGCACAAAACAUAAGUAAGUAUGUACAUGAAAACGAGGCCAUUGGGUAAAAUAGUAUUAGUGGUAUGGUCUAUUUGUGUUAAAAUCUUGUAGGAUUGCUUGAAAGCUACAUUUAGACAAUUUUAUCAUUCGGCUACCAAAACUAGAGGAUUACAUUUCUUGAAAAGAAUUAACAUUCAUUUCUCGUAUAUAGGCUAUAAUUAAAAAAAUAACAUUAUUUUCCUAUAUUAAUUUCUUACUGUAUGCAUGCGAUAACUGCACGCGAAGUGAAGCCCAUCCAUCACAACACUAAUCGAAUUUUAUCGUAAUUUAUUGAAAUAAAUGGCAAAUAAUAAGCUUCUGUUUGAGAAGUCUUUGGAAAUACAUUGAGUCAACAAAUAUUUUCUACUUUCUUUUUUAAUUUCCUCCUGUAUAGAAUAUUGAAAUAUCUGUGCAUUUAAUAGCUCAUUAUGUUAUUGUUCAGACGAAAUGUAGAAUCUUUUUACUGAUACAUUUCAGUGAUGGAGCUGGACGUACAGGAACGUACAUUGCCAUUUCAAACCUUCUUGAACGAAUGAAAAUUGAACAUGCAAUGGAUGUCUUCCAAGCAAUAAAAAUCAUCAGAGGAAUACGACCUCAAUUUGUGGAAAAUGCCGUAAGUAUUUAUGGAACUUCCUCAUAUCUGUGAAUGAAAUGAACUGCAUGAGAAAAUGAACCAUAAAACAAUUAAAUUGUUUUCUUCUAUAGAAACAGUACGAGUUCUGUUACACUGCCAUAAUGGCGUUCCUGGAUGGCUUCAGUGACUACGCAAAUUUCGAGUAAUUAACAAAUUAUGUCCAAUAUACAGCGCGUGUCCAAAAAGAAAAUGAAAGCUGUGUUCCAAAUUUUGACUCAGAAAAUUAUUAUAUAUGCAUGCAUUGAAUAUUCAAUCUAUAAGAGAUGAAUUUUGACUUUUUGAAGUGUAAGCUGGCUCAUCAAACUUAUUGACACAACUGCAUGAUUUCAAUGGUCUACUGGGUGAAUCAGAUUUUAUUUUAAACAUUCAUAACAUUGCCAUUGGUUCUACUAGGCCUGUAGACCAAUUUUAAUAAUCAUACUGUCAAAAGUUCAGCUGUGUAAAAUCUGGAACACUGGAUGCUACUGCAUUUUUCUCUUUUUUUUGGGGGGGGAGGGGGCACACUCUAUAUGAUCAUAAAUUUCAGGUGAAAAAAUAGCUUAUAAUUGCAUAAUAUACAUAAUAUAAACCGGUCAUACAUAUUUUGAUAGUUUUAGAAACUUAAUUUUGUUCAUAUAUUGCGAUAGAUUUGCAGGUACAUGGACGAACAAUACGAGUACUAUAAAUGUAUUUUCAAAAGCGCGUUGAAAAGAUUAAAAUUGACUUGGAUGGGUAGGAAUAACAUACGUUUCAAAAUGAAGAAAUAAUGUGAUCGUAAUUGUUGGAUUUUAGGUCAUUUGAAGCAUAUCUAAUUUCUAUAACAUGUAAUAAUAAUAAUGGUAAUGAUUUAUUCAGACUGGAUCUAAAAAGGGGACUCCUUUUUGUAAUUAUAUGGGAACCAUGGAACCAUACUACUAUAUUCACAACAACAUCAUGUAGUUCUGUGUGAAAUAUAAGAAUUGAGGAAAUUCAAAUCUACAGUAAAAUCUAAUAGAUAUAAAGCAAUAGGUAAAUAAAUAUAUAUGUUCUUA